AGGGGGCGGCCGCCCCCGCCGCUUCUCCGACCCCGUCGGAGGACGAGGAGCUGGAGGAGGAGGAGGCGGCGGCAGCGGCGGAGGAAGGCGAGGAGGAGACGACGGCGUCGCGGGAGGAGCCCCUGGGCUUUCUAUCCAGGCAGCCCCCGGUCCCCACCGGCCUGGACUGCAGCGCCCUGGACCGCGACCCAGACCUGCCCCCUGCCUCGGGCACGUCACACUUCGAGUUCCCGGACUACUGCACCCCCGAGGUCACCGAGAUGAUCGCGGGGGACUGGCGCCCGUCUAGCAUCGCCGACCUGGUUUUCACCUACUGAGCCCAUCGUCAGCGGGGCGCGCACGCCCCCAAACCAGCUGUUUACAUACAGGAAUCAGGUAUUGGGGCCCCUCGGAGGCCGAGGCUGGCACCCCAUCUCCCGCGCAGCCUCUCCCCUCCUAGACGUGCCCAUCCCCCCCUCGGAUCCAGACUUGCCCCUCCCCCGCGGACACACCCCAAGGCAACCCAACCCCCAGCCUUUCCCUGACAGCCACGCCCCUCCCCAUUUUGUCCCCUCCCGCACAGCCACCAGCAGCCAGCCCCCCUCGGAUACACCUCCCCUCUCCCUUACCGACCUGCACCCCUCCCCCACUUUGCACACGCCCCUCCUCGUGGCCGGAGGACACGCCCCCUCGCUCGCGAAUCUCUUCUCCCUCGCCUAGCCUGCCUUCUUGGAGUGGGGGCGAUGAGGCCCCACGCUCUUCUUCUAGCCCCGCCCCCUCCCGGGGGUUGGCGCGCGCUCCUUCACCCCUGGAGCUCUAGGGCCCGCCCCUCCUCUUGGGCCCACCCCCCUCCUUGCGCAUGCUUAAUGCUACUUGGGAGGAGGGGGCUGGUUCUUGGCCGGCUGCCGGCCUCUGGCCUGUGCCCAGAAGGACGAGGGCGAGCGUGGAGCGAUCCUGAGAAACCCUUUGAUCCUGGAGCCCUUGGCUUCCUCUCUACCCGACGGGGCGUCACUGCCUUAAUGGGAGGAGCACUUAGAAGGGAGAGAAAAAAUUAGGUAGUCCAGAAGGCAUGGCUGGGUCUUGGACUCUCGAAGUGGCAUAGGUCCGCUUCUCUGGUGAGGUCGCCCACACCCACCACCUUCCCAACAGCCUGACUGCCGUUAGUUUAUCUUGGUCCCCAGGAACGUCCCUUUCCCCAACUGGGAAUUGGGAGGAAGAGCUUCCUCUGGAAAUCCACAGAGGAAGGGAUUGACCAAGAAAACUUAGAAAUGAGAUCGCUACUGUCUGGGGACAGGAUCCCUGCUGCUCCCACCCCCACCGGGGGAAGCGCCCUAUCACCUCAGGGCACCCUCCAGCCUGGGCUCCUCUCUAAACCCACCAUCCCUUCCUUCCUUGUCACCCAAUCCACCCUUAACAACCACAGCUGCAGUAUUCAGUGGGAGAAACUGAGGCAUGUUGGUGCUAGGGGGUUGGGAGUGAGAUAGGACAGCAGAUGGGUGGCAGGAAGGAGCCCCCGAGUAAACAGUGGCUUGAGAGAGACCACCUACCGCGCGGGGAGAGGAUGCGUUCUAGAGUGGAGAUGGGCUGCUGUUUGCACCUCAGUUUUUCCAUGUGAGAAAUGGGGGCGGCGCUGCUGUUGGAGGAAGAUGUGUCGGGUUCAGAAUGCCUGAAACCGUGUCCCCCUGCUGUUACCCCCUCAGCCCGGCUCCCAGCUGGAGUCCCACCCCUCCGGCCUCCCCAUGUCCCCUCUGCCGUCACUACCUGUAUCGCCGGCGUGUGUUCACCUCCGGGUGGCUCACACACUCUCAUUCACACACACAAAUCUCAGGAACAAACGGUCCCAGAGUCCUCCGGGUCCCCUGCCCAGGGUCUCUACAGGUCUCUGCCCCACGCGUUCCCUUCGCUGACAAAGCCACCAGCUGCCUCUUUUAAGCUUGGUGCUCCGGCUCUGGGCCUUUCUUGCGCUCUCUCUCUCUCUUUUUUUUUUUUUUUUUUUUAAGAAAACAAAACAAAAAAGACAAUGAAAAAAACCAGAAAACGUCAUGUGAGUGAAGAGAUGUCACUGUCUGUGGUCUUGGAGAACUAGUUAGUAGCUGAAGGGAGGGGUCCCUCCGUCUGGGGCACUGGCACCCACAGCAGGACUUCCGCCAGUCUGAUGCCAGGACUGAAUAAAGUGUAUUUGCCCCAAUCUUGCCCUGUGGUUCUGCAUGUCUGUGCUUUUCCUCAACCCUCCCCCAACAGAUGGCCAGAUUUAAGUCUGCAGGAUUUAAUCUAUGCAGGAAGAGCUAGCUGACUGGGGACCAGGUGCCUGGCCUGUAUGGGCCUCUGUGUCCUUCUGUCUCAGGACUCCCUGCCCUCGCGGGGGGCAGCGGACUCCUCCCCUGCAGAGGCCAGGCAGGUAGCACGAAUGAGUGAACACUGGUGUGAGGACCCAGUUCAAGGGUGGCAACUACCUACCUGCUGUCAGUUGUGACCCUGUGGGAAUUUGGUCCAGGGUGACCAGGUGGUCAGAUUUUUCAAGAGAAGCUGGAGACAUUGUUGCUUCUGAGUCAUCAUAAUUUCAAAAUGAAAACUGACUCAAAUAUUUUUAAACCUCUGAGCCAAGUGAAGCAGGUGUGUGGGCAGGUCAGCCCCAAGGUUAGUUUGUCCCUGCCCUAAAUGAAUACUAAAAAGCUGGCUAGGGCCACACUGCCCAAGGCCCAGCUCCUGCCCUGAGUACACGUCUGACCUGAAGCAAAUUAACUUUAUCCCAACUCUUCUUUCUGAAUGUGUCACAUGAGGGUGAGGAGGAAACCUGCUUCCUGGGCUGGCAGCGUUUGACAUGGUGCUCCAUAUAUUUCCUUCCUCCAUUGUCUGUAGAGGAAGCUGAGGGUCAGGGGAACCAAGGCCAGGGAUCUCGGUUCUGUGUGUUGCUGAAGCGCUGCUCAGGCGCUGCCCACCUCCCAGUGCCAGCCUACAGGUCGGCCACACGCUGGGCUGCAGUGUAGACUGCACAACCAGAAAGCAGCAGAAGCCACAAUUCCUCGCUGUAUGGUUGCUCCUGCGCCCUCCUCACCCGGAGGUGGCUGGUGUGUCUCAGAAACAGACCAGGGCUUUCCCUCCUUUGUUCCCGACACUCCUGCCCCUAAUUUGUUUACCAGAUCCUGCGAAUUCCUAUACUCAGAUAAAGCCCCUUCUUGCUCCAAUAGCAAAGGCUAAGUGCUUCCUUUCAGCCUCUAGUUCGAAGCAAGCUGGAAGGCAAUCCUAAGAGGAGGUAGUGAGAGAGCACAGAAGGCAGUGCCCUUGCUGUGCAGGAUGGCCUCCCAGCGAGGGCUUCAGGUCAUGGAUGGCCUUACUGCCAGUGCCUCAGUGUUCAGAGACACCUCACUGAGGUCACAUCUGCCCCGGCAUCCUGCCCUGGUGGCUGAGCCAGGCACAGCAUGCACACCUGGCCAUCUGUACCAUGGUGCCCCCACCCCAGACCAGCCAGGGCACUGUCAGUCAGGCCUGCAGCACGGUUUGACCUCUUCCUGUGCCCAGGCCUGCUGUCUCUUCUCUUCACAGGUGUUGUCCCUAAUAAACAUCUUGCACCUGCAA